UGCAGUUUCCCAACAGUCAAACGCAAGGUCGUUUCAGCAGCCAUGGAGUGCUUCCAUAUGCGCCAAGAGCUGCCGCCCUCCGUUCGCAACCAGCUUGAAGCUGUGCAGUCUUGGCCUUUGUGUCUCACCAGGACCAUCCCAUUACCUCAUGACGCAAAGGAUAGUCCGAAUGUGGAGACACCAUCAGCAACAAGCUGCUCAGGAUCCUCCUUUUUGGAAGAAGAAAAUGGCCCAAGUGAGAAAAACAGGGAAGAGCUUCAGAAGCAUAAUGCGAACUUCAAGAUGCUCUAUGACAUGCAGCAACAGCUGAUCGCCACCCUUCAGGAGCAACUUCGCGUCCAAGAGAUUGAUUUGGACAGCAUGAAGCAGGUGAAUGCAUGGCAGGAAAAGGAGCUGGCCUCCUUGAAAAGCCAGCUUCAGAGGCCCUUUGACGGUGAGAAGAGGCAUUUGCCAGAACCAGAUGAAUCCGAGGCCAAAUCCUUGGAAAAGCUGAAGUCAGAGCUGGCCAAUAUGAGCGCUGAGUGGACUUUGCACCGUGAGCAGGCGGAUGCACACGCCAUGGAAGCAAUGGCAACCUCUGUGCAAGCUGGCUGGAAGGCGGCAUGUGCUUUGCCCCACGAAAGCACCGUGUCAUUGCGGACAUCCGUGGUCCCUGCUGACAAGACGGAGUUCAGUUUCGUGGAGUGGCUUUUUACAAGGUCAUUGGUAAAGCAUCGGCAUGCUCGAGAUCCAUCACUGUGGUGCCCAACCGCUCGUGUCAAGGUGUUGGAGGUACAAAAGAUUGAAAACAGGACAUUUUUGAAGAGGUAUGCACAGCGGCGAGAGGAACUAUUGGAAGAAAGGGCUGGACAGAGUUGCGAACCCUUGCAAGACAUCGAGACAUUGAUUGGGAAGUCUCUCCAGAAUCAACGAUCCAUUGAAGAAGUUUGUCAUUGCCCAGACUCUGGGGUGAACUUCAAUGAAGUGCUCCUUUUUCACGGAUCACCCAGUGCAAAGAUCAACGGAAUCUUGACCAGCGGAUUUGAUCCUCGAUAUGCUGGUCUUGGCACUGGUGCCAUGUUUGGGCAAGGGAGCUAUUUCGCCCACAAUGCCUCAAAGUGCUUCCGCUAUGCCGGCGAUGAUGAUGUGGAACGCAAGAAUGGAGGCUUGCGCCAGACUGUGCUUGUAGUCAGAGCCUUGCUGGGCAAUCCACACUACCAAAAACUCAUGUGCCCGGAGCGAAGAAUGCCACCCGCCAACAGCGACUCGGUGGUAGCCCUUACAAAAGCCGAAGGCGGAUGUGUGGAUCAUAGAGAGUACGUCUUGUACGACAAGGCUUCGGUUCUGCGGAUGUGUGGAUCAUAGAGAGUACGUCUUGUAUGACAAGGCUUCGAGUCUGCCGCUCUAUCUCAUUGAAUUUGAGCACUUGCCAGAUUGCCGAUGCCAGAUGUGCAGUCCUCAAGAUUAGCAGAUCAGAAGAUCCUUGCACUUCCCAAGGCAAGAUGAGGGAAGCACAUUUUGAAGCAAGUGAGAUUUGUGCUUUUGGCUUUCUUUGUGGCAAGCCGCUGCAUGCCCGUGUGCAGCUUUCCUCGAUACAGAAUGAUACAGAUAACGGCACGAGUUCAGCCUGAGAGCCUGGGCUGUGGGCCGUGCCAGACAAGCUGGUACGCGGAGCAAGAACACCACCUCGCCAACAGCGACUGGUUGGUGGCCCUUGCUGAAAAUCCAAGGAAAGCGCUUUGAGCAACCGCAUUUGGCGCUCCUGGGGGCUUGCCCCUUUUGCAGAUUUUGCACUCUGGGAGGGAAGAAGCAGGCGUGUGCUGUGCAGCUUGAGACUGCUUGCUGCGCCUGCUGAGCCCGAGAAGCCGGAACUCUUGCAGAGCGAAGGCCACCAUCAGCCAACAGCGACUCAGUAGCCUGUAGUCCUGGUGAAAGCAAAAGCGAAGAUGUCAAUGAUGGUGGGUACCCCCUGAAAGCAAGCCAUGCUCGCCACAGACAGCCUCAAGGAGAGGUAGUCAAUGUGCUCGCAUUUGCGUUUGUUUUGUCUCUUCCCAGCGUGGCAGUUUGGGCUUGUAGCCACUGCACCCCAUCAUGCAAGUUUUGUGCAGGCUUGCUUUUGUUGAGAAACAGGAGCAUGUUUGUGAAUUAAGUUGUUGCUUCACUUAGUGAAGCAUAGAGGCGGACUCAGCAUCGCUGAAAUUCGAGCUCGUAGCAUUUUGUAGACGUAAAUAGUACUGUAAAUGCUCAGUUCGAUGCCCGGAGCGGGCUUGAUGUCAUGAGAUUCUUGAUUUGGCUGGCAUUUGGAGCGAGCUUUUAAACAAGUGUUGACACAA